AUGGAGAGCUGCCGGGCGCUGGCACUCUGCGCCGUGGCGGCCGCGCUGCUGCUCAGCGCCCGCGGGCAGGGGCCGCCCGCUCCGCGCCGCGACCGCGACCUCGGGCCGCACGGCGGCGGCGGCGGCGGCGCGUCCCGAGAGAAGGAGCUGAUCGAGGCGCUGCAGGAGGUGCUGGAGAAGCUGAAGAGCAAGCGGGUGCCGCACUACGAGAAAAAGUUCGGGCAGGUGCCGAUGUGCGACGCCGGAGAGCAGUGCGCCGUGAGGAAGGGGGCCCGCAUCGGGAAGCUCUGCGACUGCCCGCGGGGCACAUCGUGCAACUCCUUCCUUCUCAAGUGCCUGUGAGCGGCAGCACCGGCGCGGGGCAGCGUCCGCCCGCCCGACACCGCACAGACAUCCGACACCCGUGGAGCCGUUCUCCCUCCUGCCCUCUCCCCGGCCCUCUUUCCCCGUUUGGUUUUCGUCCGUUCAGGAAAAGCGCGGCCCGCUCCUCCCACGGGACGCCCGCCCGCCGCGGGGUUCGGCGUUCCGCGGGGGAUGCGGAGCCAUGUGAGCAGAGCUGCGCCAGGCGCGCCCCGAUCGCCUCCUGCUCGCCCCUCCGACGCCGGGCCGGGGGCAGCGGCGGCGGCGGGCACCGAGGAAGACUCGCGGCGGACGGCGGGGGUGCCCCGGGUGCGGCUGGGGGAACCGUCGGAGGAGCCGCCGCUUCAGCGGAGCCACCGUGAAGAGGAAGCUAUCUGGAUCCGUUGUAAACUACCAGGGGAUAUCCCAGCCGCCUCAACCAAAUUUCUCACGUUUCUACGAUGAACUGAUGUACAUAAAUAUGUCUGUCCUCCGCAGGUACACUGUGCGUUUCGGCGAACUCAUAAAGUGGUUUAAUCCUGUGUUCGUCUCUGUU